GUUCAACUGAUUCACUGAAAAGAACCGGCUCAAACGAACGAUUCCUUCGCGAUUCGGACGUACAGUCGGUUUGCAAGCAGAGAGAGGGAGAGAGGAGGAGGACGAGCAGCGCUUAUCUACAGGCACGAUCAUCGCUGCAUCACUGACCGACCCGCCGCCACAGAACACGGAUGUGCGAUCGUCGCGUCGUGCCGCUGUCACAUCAUGUGUUCACCAUCGUCUGUAACGAGGAACGCGCUUUGAGACGCUGCUUCGCCGCGGCAGGGCCACAGAGAGACGGCUAAAGCGAGUAGCAGUGGCGUUAGCUCCUGGAGGCCCCAUUCCUGCACACCACAGACCACAAUGAUUGGCCGCUGCCUGCCUCGAUCAGCCAAAUCCUAGUUCUGCUGCGCCUGAUUGGAAGACUGCCUGCUUGAGAGCUGAUGGUUGCUACAGUUGCCAUGACUUAGAGACACUCCUGAUAUAGAGAUGGAGAAAAAGAAAAUGUGUCCCCGCCUCCUGGACUACCUGGUGGUAGUUGGAGCCAGGCAACCCAGCAGUGACAGCGUGGCACAAACACCUCAGCUGCUGAGGCGCUAUCCACUGGAGGACCACAGUGGCUUCCCACUGCCCCCUGAUGUCGUCUUCUUCUGCCAGCCUGAGGGCUGCCUGAGCAUCCGUCAGCGCCGGGUCAGCCUUCGUGACGACACCUCUUUCGUCUUCGCUCUCACCGACAAAGACUCAGGUGUCACUCGCUAUGGAAUCUGCCUCAACUUUUACCGCUCUUUCCAGAAGGGCCACCACCGCCCGCGAACUGAAGGAAAAGGAGAAAAGGCCCCUCAUACAGACUCUGCAGUGGAGGCAACAGAGAAAUCUGACCCCUCCACAUUGACUCUUCCAGGGGAAUCUACACUGCCCCCUGCAGGAGAUGGGACUUUGCCACCAGGAGAGCCGGGCAGCAGCGGAAAGUCUCCACGAUCCAAACACACUGGUCGACUGACACCGCAGAACCGGAACAGCACGUUAACCUCUCUGUGCAUUCUGAGCCACUACCCCUUCUUUUCUACAUUCAGGGAGUGUCUGUACAUCCUCAAGCGCAUGGUGGACUGCUGUAGCCAGCAGCUCAACCAGAGACCCGGUGCUGCCAAGUCCACACAGCGGGACACAAUGUGGCGUGUGUUCACAGGCGCUCUCUCCAUCGAGGAAAAGGAAAAGGGCAGUCAGGUGCUUCAGGACCUGAGGGAGAUCGAGUCAUGGGUGUAUCGGCUGCUGCACUCCCCGGUGCCUGUUGCUGGUCAGCGACGUGUUGAUGUGGAAGUGCUCCCCCAUGAACUGCAGCCUGCUCUGACCUUUGCCCUUCCAGACCCUUCCCGCUUCAGCAUUGUAGACUUCCCUCUUCACCUGCCCCUGGAGCUGCUGGGAGUCGAUGCUUGUCUGCAGGUCCUGGCCUGCAUUCUGCUGGAACACAAGGUGGUACUGCAGUCCCGAGAUUAUAACGCCCUCUCAAUGAGCGUCAUGGCAUUUGUUGCAAUGAUUUACCCCCUUGAGUACAUGUUUCCUGUCAUUCCACUGUUGCCCACCUGCAUGGCCUCCGCAGAACAGCUCUUGCUAGCACCCACUCCAUAUGUCAUUGGUGUGCCUGCCAGUUUCUUCCUGUACAAGUCUGAUUUUAAGAUGCCUGAUGACGUUUGGUUAGUGGAUCUGGACUGCAACAAGGUCACUGUUCCAAGCAAUGCAGAAUUGCUCCCUCCCCUUCCUGAACCUGAGGCCUCUGAGUUGAAGAAACACUUGAAGCAGGCUCUGACUAGCAUGAGUCUGAACACGCAGCCUAUUCUAAACCUGGAGAAGUUUCAGGAUGGACAUGAGUUGUCUUUAUUGCCCCCUGGUCGUGACAAAGCCUCCCCUUCCUCCACUGAGUUCAACCCACUCAUCUAUGGCAAUGAUGUGGACUCCGUUGAUGUUGCCACAAGGGUGGCGAUGGUGAGGUUCUUCAACUCUCCAAAUGUGCUUCAAGGGUUCCAGAUGCACACUCGCACUCUGCGUCUCUUCCCCCGUCCUGUGGUGGCAUUCCAGGCCACGUCUUUCCUGGCCUCUAGGCCACGGCGGAAUGGAUUCACCGAAAAGCUCUCCCACACCCAGGCAGUGGAGUACUAUGGAGAGUGGGCUCUCAACCCCACCAACCUGGCUUUCCAAAGGAUUCAUAACAAUGUGUAUGACCCCUCGCUAAUAGGCGAUAAGCCUAAGUGGUAUGCCCACCAGUUACAGCCAGUAUUCUACCGUGUUUAUGAUGGGAGCUCUCAUCUGGCGGAGGCACUGAGUGGACCCCUGCAGGAUGAGACCAAUGAUUCAGACCCAACAGAUGACAGUGGCAGUGACAGUGAAGCAUACGAUGACUCCAGCUCUUCCUACUCGUCUCUUGGAGACUUUGUGAAUGAGUUGAUCAAAGGGGACAUACAAGGGGACACACCAAAUGUUGACACCCUGACCCAUGCUGCGCUGGGAGAUGCGAAUGAGGUAGAGAUCCAUGACUUCCAAGAGUAUAAGGGUGACAACAGUGACCCAGAUCCAGAAGGCCCCCCGGAAGCAGCGGACAGCCAGCCACUGCGGUCCAGCUCCAGCACGACGGCCAGUUCCAGCCCCAGUACAGUCAUACAGGGAGUCAACCAUGAACAGAAGGAACCUGUUGAAGUGGAGGCGACAGCAGCCGUAACCCUCCCUAACUCUGUCCCAGGAUUGGGUGCUCCACCUUUUACAAGACCCACUCCUGAUCCGGUCCCUGUUGACCCAGCCAAUAAAAAGCGAGAGUAUGAUAAUCCCUAUUUUGAACCCCAGUAUGGCUUCCCUUCAGAGGAGGAUACUGAAGCAGAUGAGCAGGAGGAGAGUUACACACCGCGAUUCAACCAGAAUCUGAAUGGCAACAAACCGUCUCGUCCAUUGAGACCCAGCAGUCUGAAGCUUCCGGGUGAAUCCGAUGGGGAGGGAGACUCCAGAAAUAGCUCUCCGAACUCCACCAUCUCCAACAAUAGCAACGAUGGCUUCGGGGGACUCAUGUCCUUCGCCAGUAACCUGUAUAAAAACCACGGCACCAGUUUCAGUCUGUCCAGUCUGGCUCUGCCUAAUAAAGCUCGAGAGAAGAACACGCCAUUCCCCAGCCUCAAAGUAUUUGGGUUAAAUUCUCUAAUGGAGAUUGUAACAGAGAUCGGCCCGGGGAGCGGAGAAGGUGCUCGAGCCCCCAGAGCGCUGGUAGAUCAGAAAUCCUCUGUUAUUAAGCACAGUCCCACCGUCAAGAGAGAGUCUCCAUCUCCUCAGGGCAGAGCCAACAACACCAGUGAGAACCAGCAGUUUCUCAAGGAGGUGGUCCAAAGCGUGCAUGAUGGGCAGGGUGUGGGCUGGCUCAACAUGAAGAAAGUACGCCGCCUGCUAGAGAACGAACAGCUCCGAGUCUUUGUGCUCAGCAAACUCAACCGUGCGGUCCAAUCAGAGGAGGAUGCUCAGCAGGAAGUUAUAAGAGAUGUGGAGAUAAACAGGAAGGUGUACAAAGGCAUGUUGGACCUAUUGAAGUGCACAGUGUCCAGUUUGGAGCACUCAUACACUAAUGCUGGCCUGGGAGGCAUGGCCAGUGUCUUCAGUCUGCUAGAGAUAGCACGCACCCACUACCAAACCAAAGACCCAGAGAAGCGGAAACGGAGCCCCACGGAGGGGGUUAGCAGCCCGGGCAGUAAGGAGAGCCCAUCGGGCCGAAUGGAGAGCGCCAGGGCAGCUGGUGUGCUCCUGGUACCCCGUAUCCAAUUGCCACCACCCUCCUCUGGAAAAUCGUCACGGCAGUUUGAUACCCGGAGUCUGAACGAGGAGAAUUUUAUUGCCUCCAUUGAAUUGUGGAGCAAGCACCAGGAUAACAGAAAGCAAAAAGCUUUGGAAAAAGAACAGAGGGCUGAUGGAGCAAAACAGCGUCUGGAAGGUGGAGACACUGAGGAAAAGAAAUCACAGAUCAGUGCUGACAGUGGCCUCAGUGUAACGUCUGGCUCACAGAAGAGUGAUACAGAGUCCCUGGCGAGCUCCGAGCCUCCUGCUCUGACGAGAAGCACCAGCCAGGACUCAGAGGCUAGCACAGUGGUGAGUAACAGCUCAGGUGAGACGCUGGGUGCAGACAGUGACCUGAGCAGCACUGCUGGAGAUGGCCUGACAGGAAGACACGCUCAACAUCUCAACCUGUCCCGUGGCACACUGUCUGACAGCGAGAUUGAGACCAACCCUGCGACCAGCUCUGUGUUUGGCAAGACUCAUAAGCUGAAGCCAGGAGUGAAGGAACCUGUUGGUGUUAAUAGGGGGACACCAGCUCCGCCCCUCGAGGACGUUAGCAUGAGGAUCUAUCUGUGUGAGGGGCUGCUGGGGCGAGAUAAAAGCUCAGUUUGGGACCAACUGGAGGAUGCUGCCAUGGAAACCUUUUCUCUGAGUAAGGAGCGUUCCACUCUGUGGGAUCAGGUGCAGUUCUGGGAGGAUGCCUUCCUGGAUGCCGUUAUGUUGGAAAGGGAAGGAAUGGGGAUGGAUCAGGGACCACAAGAAAUGAUUGACAGGUAUCUGUCUCUGGGAGAGCAUGACCGCAAGAGACUGGAGGACGAUGAGGACAGACUACUGGCCACUCUCCUGCAUAACAUGAUCGCCUACAUGCUUAUGAUGAAGGUCAAUAAAAAUGACAUCAGGAAGAAGGUACGGCGUCUUAUGGGGAAAUCUCACAUUGGCCUCACACACAGUCAAGAGGUCAAUGAAGUCCUGGACCGCAUCGCACAUUUGAGUGGCCGGGAGCUUCCCAUCAGGCCAAGUGGCAGCCGGCACAUUAAGAAGCAGACAUUUGUCGUGCAUGCUGGGACUGAUACAACUGGUGAUAUCUUUUUCAUGGAGGUGUGUGACGACUGCAUCGUCUUGCGCAGUAACAUCGGCACAGUCUAUGAGCGCUGGUGGUAUGAGAAGCUCAUAAAUAUGACCUACUGUCCCAAGACCAAAGUGUUGUGUCUGUGGAGGAGGAACGGUCAAGAAACACAGCUUAACAAGUUCUACACCAAGAAGUGUCGGGAACUGUACUACUGUGUUAAAGACAGUAUGGAGCGUGCUGCCGCACGACAACAAAGCAUCAAACCAGGUCCAGAGCUGGGAGGCGAGUUUCCAGUACAGGACAUGAAAACAGGGGAAGGUGGUCUCCUUCAGGUCACGCUGGAAGGCAUCAACCUCAAAUUUAUGCAUAGCCAGGUUUUCAUAGAGCUGAGUCACAUUAAAAAGUGCAAUACAGUGAAAGGAGUCUUUGUCCUGGAGGAGUUUGUUCCUGAAACUAAAGAAGUGGUGAUCCAUAAGUACAAGACUCCUAUGGCACACCAGAUCUGUUACUCGGUGCUCUGCCUCUUCUCCUACAUGGCGGCGGUCAAGGGGAAAGAGUCAGAGGGCAAGCCCAAGAUGCUGUCCCCUCGUCCACUACCGAGCUAGCACACUUGUCUCCUAUGUUUACUUCAACCCUUCAGCUCCUGAACUCCCUGCAAUACUACUCCUGUUCAAUACAAGCUGACACUCCUGCCAAGCUCCUUUUAAAGACCUCUGCUCCUGUACCAAUUCAAAUGUAGAUGCAUUCACAUAUUCAACACAUUCGUCCUAAAAGAAACAACCUGUUCAUAUAAUGUAUCUGAUAUAGUAUUCCAGUCCUUGGACACUAAAAUGCUGGCAUUUCAUUCUCAUAAUGUGGACAAACCAGAAGAAGAACAGACUUUUGACUACUAUUGGUUGACGUCCUCACAUUUGUACACUUUUAUUUAUUUCAAUAAGAGGCAUUUGGGUGCAUGCAGGUCCCAUGCGCAGCUCUUGUGAGUUGGCACUGGCACUGGCAUGCAGACAUCAGGCAAACGUCUUUCCCCUCUUCAACCCCCUCUGAUAUCAGUCAACAGGCUGUGUAUUUAAUAUUUAUGUGCUAAGUUGUACUGUAAAUUCCAGUCUGUUUUGUCUGUGGUGGGUGAAAUGUUCAAGUCUUUGCAAUCUAGUGCUGCCACGUAUGAGGGGUUUGCCUUAACCGUCCAACGACGGAGCAGCUGUCCCAUUCAUAAAUGUUCCAUACGCCCUCCUCCACCUGCUAUAAGUGGUCUAAGGUCUGUGUAUCUCUUUAGCUCAAAAUGCUCAAACUACUGUACUAGUUCUGCUGUAAAGUUCCCUGUCUGUGAACUGCUGUGUUAAAUUUGCAUGUCACCUGGAAAAAAAAAAAAAAAAAAAAGAAUAUUUAAAAAAGGAAUCUGUACAUCUCUGAAGCAAUGCUGAAAAAGCAACUAAAAUGUUUAGGAAAAACUGUAGUGUUUUCUAGAUGUGCAAUACUAUCACUAGUGGGUACCAAGAACAAGUCCAGUCAUGUCCUCAGAGUUCAUCCACUGUCCUCCUGUGUUCAUAAUGAGGAGACCAGAGAGCAGAUCAGGCAUCAUGUUUUCUGUUCAUUUGUUGUCAUUAUUUUGACACAGCAAUGAAAAAAGGCAUUAUUAAUCUAUAAGACAGCUGCAUUUGGAGAUUGUUUAAAUAGUGAUGGAAAAGUCUCGUGUCCAGAAUGUCCUGUUUGAAGUGUCCUCUUCCUGUUUGUGUGUGUCUGUGUCUGUGGGAUUGUGUGUGUUUGUGUUAGAAACACAGAUGGCAAGAGAUUGUGUCUGUUCAUAUAGGUGCAGAUUUUCUUGUUUCAUCUCUUUUUGACUACUAGAUUUGGCAGUACAGCUGUCACAUUUACAUAUUUUAAUGUUCUUUUAUGUUCUGCUCACAUUUUUAAUAAUUUAAAUGUAUGAAGUGUUGUUUUGCAUCUCCAUUAAAUUCAGUUGUUGAAUGCAGACUGUAAAUGGACUUGAGCCCACUCAAUAUUGGUUUAGAGAUGUAAAUAGCACAAAACUGAUUUCCCAGUGUCCAAGUCUCCCAAAACGGAUGUUUUGAGUUGGACAGUGGAUCAGGUCUGUUGUUUGAAAGUGUGAGAGAGAUACAGUUGCACAUUAUUUGGGCUUUCAUUUUAGUCUGUAUUGUUUAGAACAAGAGGGAAAGGAAAAAAUAGAGACAUGGAUGUAAAUAUUUCAGCAUUUAAAAAUAUUUAUAGAACCUGUACAGCUUUGGCAAUAUGAAAAUAAAAGAUGUCCAACCCGA